AUGCUGGGAGAAGCAGCUGCUGCUAAACUUGACUCGAUCCCUAUGUCUGAUAAUACCAUCCAGCGACGAAUAUCAGACAUGGCUUGUGAUGUCAAAGAGCAGGUCCUGGACGGUGUUCGUGAAAGCCCCUUUCACGCCAUUCAGCUGGAUGAGUCCACUGACGUCGCACACUGUGCUCAAUUGAUGGUGUACGUUCGGUUUAUCAGAGAGCUCAGUGUGCAGGAAGAUUUUUUGUUUUGCGUUUCUCUACCCACCCGCACAACAGCUGACGAACUUUUCAAAGCCUUGAACAACUUUUAUCAGGCUAAUUUCCUUGACUGGGGUCGGUGUUGUGGGAUAUGCACUGAUGGCGCAAGAUCAAUGACUGGCCGUCACAGCGGUCUUGUACAACGGGUUCAGGCAGUUGCCCCCGCAGCUGUGUGGAAGCACUGCAUUAUACAUCGCCAGGCAUUAGCAACAAAAAAGAUGCCCCACGAAUUGCGUGCCGUUCUUGAUGAUGCUGUCAAAAUUGUAAAUUUAAUUAAAUCGCGUGCCUUAAACGCCCGUCUGUUCUCAAUCCUCUGCAAUGAGAUGGGCGCUCACUUCCAGCAGCUGCUCCUGCACUCCGAGGUCAGGUGGCUCUCUCGGGGCAAAGUCCUCACCAGGCUGUGUGAUUUGCGUGAAGAAGUCCUCGUCUUUCUCACCGAGAUUAACUCCCCACUGGCAAAACAUCUGGCAGACAUGAACUGGCUUGCUAUGUUGGCCUAUCUCGCUGACAUCUUCGAUAGGAUCAACUCCCUCAACACCUCUCUCCAGGGCAAAGAGUGCCACGUCUUUUCGGCACACGACCAAGUGUCUGGGUUCAGGAUAAAGCUGGACUUGUGGUGUGCUCGUGUUGAACGAGGUUCGUUGGAAAUGUUUUCAACCCUGGAGGAUGUCGCGGAGAAGACAGGGCUGCCUCUUAACUCUGUCCAACCGAUCAUCGCUGCGCAUUUAAAUGGGUUGCGUGACCAGUUUGGCGAGUAUUUCGGAGAGGACGCAUUGGGAAAUCAGUGGGUAAGAAAUCCGUUCUCUUUCUCCCACACACCCGGUGAUGGACUGAGCCUGCAAGAGGAGGAGGCCCUGAUCGAGCUCAGCGCGAAUAUGGACUUGAAGCAGAGAUUGGGAGAAAUGCCGAUCACGCGUUUCUGGUUGUCUGUGGAGAGCGAGUUCCCCCAGAUCUCCACUAAGGCUAUGAAAGUCCUAAUCCCCUUCACCUCCACCUACUUGUGUGAAUGUGGGUUUUCCGCACUGACACUGAUUAAAAACAAAUACAGAUCAAGGCUGCAGGUGGAGGACGACUGGCGUUUAUUUCUCUCUGCAGUGCAGCCCCGCAUCGAACACCUCUGCGCAUCAAAAGCGAGGCCUCAUUGUUCCCACUGA